UCAUCCCGCUUCUCUCCACCCUACGUUCUACUCAAUCACCACUCUCUUUCUUAAUCAAAAAUUUAUCCAUCUCUCCCGUUCUCUCUUCAAUUCCUCCCUCAACCAUAACAUCACGCCAAGUUCUUAAAUCUGUUUUCGUAGUUCUGAUCGAUCGAGCUUAGCUUGCAUGAAACUCCGGCGACAAAACCAAUUUUGUUGUCAUAAUUAGUGUAUUGUUAGGUUGGAUUAGGCUGGAUCUCUUCAAACUUCUUCUUCCUUAGCGGCACAGUUAUAAAAACCAGAACAGCAUGUAACGUCGAUCUAUCUCAGCUUUCUAGCUUUUUCUUCCAAAAAAAAAAAAAAACCAAAAAAAAAGAUUUAUUUUCUCUAUCUUUCAUUUUCUAUGUCCGGUUUAGAAUUCUAGUUCGUUAUCUUUGGUGUUAGCGGUCUGGCUGUAACGGAGACGAUCCUGUAGAGACACCUUUAGAAAAACCGGAAAAUCAUGUAAUACUGUCCAGUUCAGUUUAUUUGCAGUUUCGUUUUUCCAAAAAAUUUUUUAAAAAAAAUAGUUUGUUUGUACUGCUUUUACUGACCUUGAUUGAAGGAAGAGGGAAAUGCCGGAACCUGAAACUGAAACUCCGACGGCGUCGGCGCCGGCGACUCCCGGCACGCCCGCUCCGCUUUUCACGUCCCUCCACGUGGACUCCCUGUCGUACGAUCGCAAGUCAAUGCCCCGAUGCAAGUGCUUCCCUUUGGACGCUCCCACGUGGGGAGCACCUCACACGUGUCUCACCGAUUUUCCCGCGCCGGACAUUUCGCUCACCCGAAAGGUUGGCGCAGAAUUCGUAGGGACGUUUAUAUUGAUUUUUGCUGCAACAGCUGGACCCAUUGUGAACCAAAAGUACAAUGGUGCGGAGUCGUUGAUUGGGAAUGCGGCUUGUGCAGGGCUAGCGGUUAUGAUCAUCAUUUUAUCGACUGGCCACAUCUCUGGAGCUCAUCUUAAUCCUUCGCUCACCAUCGCAUUUGCCGCACUCCGUCACUUUCCCUGGGCACAAGUACCCGCUUAUAUUGCAGCUCAGGUUUCCGCAUCCAUAUGUGCUUCCUUUGCUCUUAAAGGUGUUUUCCACCCCUUCUUGUCUGGCGGUGUCACCGUUCCAUCAGUUAGCACUGGACAAGCUUUUGCGCUUGAGUUCCUCAUUACCUUUAAUCUCCUCUUCGUUGUCACAGCUGUUGCUACUGAUACACGCGCAGUGGGAGAAUUGGCCGGCAUAGCAGUUGGAGCUACAGUUAUGCUAAACAUUCUUGUGGCUGGGCCAUCAAGCGGUGGUUCCAUGAAUCCAGUACGCACUCUAGGGCCAGCAGUUGCAGCAGGAAAUUAUAAGUCAAUUUGGAUAUAUUUAGUUGCACCCACUCUUGGUGCCAUUGCAGGAGCAGCUAUUUAUACAGUGGUAAAGCUGCGAGAAGAAGUUGAGCCAACAAGUCGACCCAGGAGCUUCCGACGCUAGAUAGGAGCUGAGCCCUUGCAAAUGGUUGUCUAUGUGCAUAUGAAUAAAGCAAACUUGAAACAUGUGAGUCCAAGUUUCAUCCCGUACGUACAAGUGUGGUGUUUGUGUUAUUUUGUUGAUAAGUACAACAAUGUUGUACACAAAUUGUUGGGUGUUCGAACAUUACGUUUUGAUUUCUUGUUGUGUGUUCCAAUAAUGAAGUGGGGCUGGAGUACGUGUGUCAUAUGCUCUGACCAUGCAUGCUUCCCUUGUGAAAUACAGUACGUGUUGUAAUCUUUAAAGAAACAUUUGUAAUUUUGUAUCAUAUUACUAAUAUAUAUACUA